GGUAAUACCAUACUGGGUAUGUCGAGCAAGUUCUGGUGCAGUGUGGCGAGAUUGUCUGUGCCAAUAGUAGAUCUUCCGUGUUGCAAAUCUUCACGACUCGUCGAACCAGAUUUCUGUAGGCUGGUCUCUCAUUGUCUCAUUGACAAGGUCUUAAAUGCUGAGCUUAACUUCAAUCUUGUGGGUUUCACUUUGGUUUUAUGUGCCUAUGCUAUCUAACCAUAUGGGAUGUGGCAACGUUGAUUUUUAACUGUCCGGCAGCUUUUAAUACUUUAGGAAAACAACAAGACUUCGCCUACAAUGUCUGUCAAUCUGAGUAAAAACGGUACGGAGCUUUCGGCCGCGUAUGCUGAAGUUUUGGACGGGAAAAGUAGCACUAACUGGGCUCUGUAUACAUAUGAGGGGAACACGAAUGACAUCCGACUGGCAGGAAAAGGAGAUGGUGGACUGGAGGAGAUGGUGGAAGAACUUAACAGUGGGAAGGUGAUGUAUGCCUUUUGCCGGGUCCUGGAUAACAACGGUGGAGUGGCAAAAUAUGUCCUUAUAAAUUGGACUGGUGAAGGAGUCAAAGAAGUCAGAAAAGGAACCUGUGCCAAUCAUGUCCGCUCAAUGGCUAGCUUCCUGAGGGGUGCCCAUGUGACCAUCAACGCUCGGUCAGAUGAUGACGUUGAUCCAGAAGACAUCAUACAGACGGUGGCCAAGGCUGCGGGUGUGAACUACAGCCUCCACAAAGAGUCCAAUUCCAAUAGCAAAUUCAAUGACUCUGGUCCUGCACUCCCCGUGGGCUCAGUCUACCGGAAGACCAGUGCUAUGGAUGAGAUGAAAGGUAUUAACAAGGAUAAUUUCUGGGCAAAAGCAGAGCAAGAUGAGAAGAAUCGUCGGCUGGAGGAACGCAAGAAGGCGAGUGAGGACCGCCAGCGUGUGGAGAGCGAAAGAAAAGUGCAGGAUGUUAAAGAGGCCGGUGAACGUCAGAGGCGGGAAAAGGAGAGAGCCGGUCAGAUUGACCAACAGAGACAAUUUGAAAAGAAACAGGAGGCUGAAAACAAAGAAAAAGAACAACAGUUGGAGGAGGAGGAGAGUCAGCGCCAAACUUCGGGGAGAAGGGGAAUAAAGAGUUCUGUGUCUGUUCAGAAAGCGGAUGAGGCCGCUUCCCUUAUCUCCCAGCGAUCUGCCAAUCCAAGGGAUUUGUUUAAACAGAUGGAGAGGGCUCCGUCUGCAAGCAAUGGGGCCACAACAUCUGUGUCCCAGCCAGGGCGUUUGAGAAGCCCAUUUCUGGCAAAACAGCUCAGCGCAGAGGAUCCUCCAAGUCUGCCUAUUUGUGUAAAAAGACCAGACCCUGUUGGAUUCCUAAUCGAAGAAAAAGCAAUUAUACCAUCUGAGCCUGAGCCUGAGCCAGAGCCAGAGUCUCGCCCAGAACCUGUUCCAGAACCGGUCCCAGAGUCCAUUGCUGAGGAUCAGUUGAUUCCUGAUUUGGUGGAUGAAUUUGAUGAUGAAUGGCAAGAUUCAGAGGGAUCAGAAACCGCUGGCGUCGCAGAGGAGGCGCCACCUGAUGUGACAAAUGCAGAACAACUCUAUGAGGAUGUUGCUGAUUCCGAUUUCUAUGUGGAUGUUCCCCAAGUUGUCCAAGAACCAGCUGCCGCCCCAGCAGUGGGAGAAGAUGCUGCUAGUUCUGUCAGUGCCAGGGCCCUGUAUGACUACCAAGCUGUGGAUGAUACAGAGAUCACCUUUGACCCAGAUGACAUCAUUACUGGAAUAGAGAUGAUUGAUGAAGGAUGGUGGCGAGGAUAUAGCCCCGAUGGGCACUAUGGAAUGUUUCCUGCCAAUUAUGUUGACUUGCUGUAAAAAUGUCAGAAACCAUCACAAAAUUGCAAUGACAAAGCAUACUUAAAGCAUACGUAAAAUCUGUUGAUCAAUUCAAGGUAAUUCAAAUCAUGGGAUGUUUCAUUGUAUAAAAAUACUAUUUCAGCUAACUUGAGUAAUAAACAUACACACAGAAUAUUCUAGGUCUGUGAUUUCCUGGAACCUGUACUGUUUGCUCUCACUUUGUAAAAGUGACAGUUUGUAUGGCUUCACUUUAGUUAAAUGUAUCACAAAAAUAGUUUCGAAUUAUUGAAUUUACAUGUGAAAUUUGUGUAUAAUUUGACAUUAUUGCAUUUGUGUUUAGUGAGGCCAAACUAUACAUUUAAAGGAAAUUGAGUCAAUAUCAUCGGUGAUAAAUAAAGUAAAAUUUUUCCAUAA